AUGAAAGCUUUCGCCGCCUUCGCGCUCGUCGCCGCCGUGGUUGCCACGGACCACGGCCCAAGCUACUCAUUUGAGGUCGAGUCGCUCGUCAACCACACCUUCUACCAGCCGCUGCAGUCGGCCGUCGGCUCCGACCUCAAGCUUCCGGUGAUUGUCUGGGGCAACGGCGGCUGCAAACCUUGUACGUUCGGUUGUUCGAAAAGAGACUCUCGUGAAUGA